GCUGCACUUUCUAAAGGAACGUCUUUUGCGCCUUUAGAUAGAGCGACUCCGCGAUCCUCAUCAGUGUCCCGAGCUCGCAGCACCAGCAAGCAACCUCCUCCACCAUGUCCAAGAUCGCCAUCGUCGUCGUGCUGGCCGUGGCCGCCUGCCUCAUUCCCGAUGCCAUGUCCGCCUGCAGCUCCAGGCAGCUCAACGACCUGGAGAACCAGCUCAAGAUCUGCAGCAAGGGCAUUCCGGUCCAGAUGGGUGACGCUUCCUGGCGCUGGGCCCGUGAAACGAUCAGCAGCAUGAAGAAAGAUGCCACUUGCGACCUUAACAACGCUCCCACCUACUUCCAGUCCGAGUUGCGCAGCGUCCCCUACAUCGGCCAGAAGUACAUUGACCGCGCUGUGACCUGCAUCACCAACUCUAUCCAAUACGGCAUUUGUUGUUAAGGAAAACGGACGAAGAACGGACAAUAAAGAUCAACGUCCACAGCAUUCAA